AUGGAUGAGGAGGGUGGGGAUGUCGAGACAUUAAAAUUCACGGUGGAAUUACUCAUCAGCCGGGCUAAAUUCAACAUCGUUCGACUCGUUGAUUUACGGCGUAAUGUCAUUUUCAGGUACACGUUCGAGGCACUGCAAGAAUCGGCGCAGUAUUUGCUGGACCGUGUGAAGAUGAGGCCGAAGAUUGGGAUUAUUUGCGGUUCUGGAAUGGAGCAAAACGAGUUGUGUCCAGGUUCUUUGGCGGACUCCCUCGAGAACAAGCAGUGCUUCCCAUACGAAGAAAUCCCGCAUUUCCCAGUGUCGACCGUCAUAGGCCACCAAGGACAGAUGGUGUUCGGUUAUCUACAGGGCGUACCGAUCAUGUGCAUGCAGGGAAGAUUUCAUUAUUACGAGGGUUAUCCACUCUGGAAGUGCGCUAUGCCAGUAAGAGUUAUGAAGCUCAUAGGCGUGACUCAUCUAAUCGCGACGAACGCCGCGGGAGGUCUAAAUCCCACAUACAAGGUUGGCGACAUUAUGAUGGUGAAGGAUCACGUGAACAUGAUGGGUUUUGCGGGGAAUAACCCUCUUCAAGGGCCAAACGACGACAGAUUCGGGCCGAGAUUCCCGCCGAUGAACAAAGCUUACAACGCUUCUCUCUUAGAAAUCGGCCAGCAAGUGGCGGAUGAGAUGGGUAUAAGCGAUAUCGUGCACAAAGGCGUGUACACGUGUCUCGGAGGACCAAAUUUCGAGACCGUUGCGGAACUGAAGAUGUUAAGAAUGAUUGGUGUCGAUGCAGUAGGAAUGUCUACGGUACAUGAAGUCAUCACUGCCAGGCACUGCGACUUGACCGUGUUCGCUUUCAGUUUGAUCACAAAUCAGUGCAUCACCGAAUACGAGAAUCACGAGGAAGCGAAUCACGAAGAAGUGAUGGACGUAGGAAAGUCAAGGCAAUCGUUGCUUCAAGAAUACGUAUUGCGUAUGGUGAUGCGUCUGCGAGAUAUGUUAGAUUUAGAGACAAAAUGAUUCGUGUAAUUUACGUAAUAAUUUUCACUGGUCAUCAGAUUCUCCAUUAUUCUCAUCGUGUUUGUCAUUCGUGUUUUGAUAAAUAACGACAACGAAAGAGAACCUCUAGAUGCGCACGACUUUUACAUAAAAUUUGCCAUGACCAUUUUAUCUAUUCAGACACCAACAUUUGAAGAAAGGUACUUAGAAAUUAAUUUCUACUCUGAACGUGCAAUCGAACGAGAAUUAUUGUAUUUAAUGUAACGUCAAUGCGGUUUUUAUAUUCGUUGAACAUUUUUAUGUUCCUUGUCUUGGGUGAAGAUGUUCAGGCUCGUAUUGAUAUCAAUGUGAUGUCAGCAAUUUAAAGCGAUUAAAUAUACGAACUUUGUAUCAAAGUCUAAAACAUAGAAUAAUCGACUAGUUUAGAAUAUCA